GCCUUCAGCCCUACGGGAUAGCACUGUGGCACCGACCUUGUGAUUCAACCCUGCCUCAAUACCGGUAGCCUCAGCACCUCACUUUCCAAUACUGCCUUCGACCACACCACCCUUUACCAAGCCCCGAGGUAGACCGCCGUAAUUUGCUAAUUCUCCUCACUGAAAAUCCUCAACCAUGCCACCUCCAGGCCCGCCGAAGAAGCCCGAUGUAUCUGCGGCCAACAAGGAGCGCAACGAAUACAUCCCAUCCUUCAUCUCGAAGAAACCCUUCUAUGUCGACGACGCCAGCGAGCCAACUAGCGACUACCUCGAACAUCAACGUCUACAAAAGCAGGAGCAGGAUUCAAAAUGGUACGACCGAGGUCGCAAACUAGGUCCUGCCGCAACCAAGUUCCGCAAAGGCGCAUGCGAGAAUUGCGGCGCAAUGACACACAAGGCCAAGGACUGUCUAAGCCGGCCGCGAAAGCAAGGCGCGAAAUGGACGGGGAAGAACAUCCAAGCAGAUGAGAUCGUGCAGGACGUGCAACUAGGGUGGGACGCGAAACGAGAUCGAUGGAAUGGUUAUGACGCUGCGGAAUACAAAGCUGUGGUGGAAGAGUACCAUGAGCUGGAAGAGAUGAAGAAACAGGUCAAGGCUGGCACAGACAACCAGGGCCCGGACGGCGAGGACGAAGAAGACGAGGGCGCAAAGUACGAGGCAGAGACCGAUAUGGGCAGGAAGCAAGCUACGUCGACUCGGAAUUUGCGGUUACGAGAAGACACUGCCAAAUAUCUCCUGAACCUGGAUCUCGACUCGGCCAAAUACGACCCUAAGACGCGAUCGAUGGUGGACAGUGGCGCCACGGCAGAUCAAGCAGCGGCAUUGGUCGCGGAGGAAGGCUUCAUGAAGGCCUCCGGGGACGCGGCAGAGUUUGAAAAGGCACAGCGCUAUGCAUGGGAAACCCAAGAACGAGGGGACAAGAACAAACUCCAUCUGCAGGCCAACCCCACAUCCGGCGAGUACCUCCGCAAGAAGGAAGAACAAGCAGCAGAAACACGACGGCUGGCACAUCAAAAGGCGAUACUGGACAAGUACGGCGGGCAGGAGCAUCUACUGAGUGCGCCUAAAGGGGCUGCAGUGGUGGAGAACGAACGAUAUGUCGAAUACGACGAGCAAGGCCGUAUUAAAGGGGCACCCAUCGUCAAGGCGAAAUCAAAAUAUCCAGAAGACAUUCUCAUCAACAACCACACAUCAGUCUGGGGCAGCUGGUGGUCAAAUUUCAAGUGGGGUUAUGCCUGCUGUCAUUCUAUUGUCAAGAACAGCUACUGUACUGGCGAAGAUGGCAAGAAGGCAUUUCAGGAGACUACCCGGCUACGGACUGGAACGGACUUGGACGAAAUUCCAAAAGCAGUCGCUUGGAAGGAGGAAGAAGCUAGGGAGGAGCAUGUUCCGAAUGCUGUCGAUGACGACUGGAAAGCCAGGGCCGAUGCUGGAGCCAGGAAGCGCACGCUGGAGGAGAUGAAGGGAGGCAUCACAGAGGAUGAAAUGGAGGAGUACAGACGAAAACGAGUAACGGCUGAUGAUCCUAUGGCAGCGUACUUGAGCAAGGGCGAAGUUCACUGAUUCGGCAGGUUUGGAGGCCAUGCAUUCACAGGGCGUUCGGGUUGAAAGCAUUUUCAUGGCGUCGAUAUCGUAUAUACCUGCACGGAGAC